AUGCAAAUCCAACAACGACACAUUGUUGCUGCUGCAGUUACCAUCUUUCUCUUGGUGAUUGUCUUUUCUCUAAUGCCAAAAGCCACCGAUGACAACUCCAAAUACAACAAUCAUCAUCAACAACAACCACAAAUCUUGAAUGCCAAACAAUGUCCUCCAUGUCCAACAACAGCUGUUCAACAACAACAACAACAGACUUUCAAAUCAGGUUCUUGUCCACCUGUUCAAGAAUGUAAAUGUUACUCUCUGACAGAUGCCCCACCAACAGAACAUGGUGAUGGACAAGUUACAAUGGCCACAACAUUUGGUAAAGCACUUAACAAACUUGCUAAACAAGAUGAUGUGAAUACAGUAUUGGAAAUUGGUACUUGGUUUGGUGGUGGUUCUACUCAAUGUAUUGCCAAGGGAUUGAAGGAAUCAGGCUCUCAUAAAAGAUUAUACACAUUGGAAUUAUACGAACCUGCUUGGCAAUAUGCUAGAAAGACCUAUUCACACAUGCCAAUUUACUUUAUUUUGGGAGGAACAGUGCCAACUGAUAAAUAUUUGGCACCAGAUGAAAUUCCACACAAGGACGAUCACUUUAAAUUAUAUUAUCAGAGAGAUAUUGAAUUAUCAAAGAAGAAUAUUCCAUGGUUGAUGCCAUUGUGUUUAGCAACUAGAUUUGAUGCUGUUUUGAUUGAUGGUAAUGAAUAUACUGGUUGGGCUGAAUAUGAAAUUGUUAAUGAUCAUUGUAAACCAAAAUAUUUAAUGUUGCAUGAUGUUGGUACUUUAAAGACAAAUAAGAUUGAAAAGGUUAUUAAACAAGGUGGAACUGUUUGGGAAUUGAUAGAUGAAGGUCAAGAUGCUGCCAGAUGGCAAAUUUAUAAGAGAAAAUAAUUGAUAAAAUUAUUAUGAAAUAAAUCCAAGAAUAAUAUUAA